GGAUCAAAUUUACCUCCCUACGCUGAGAAAUCUACUUGAUAUAAUUCAUUCAUCUAAUUAAUUAUAACACGACAACUGUUAUUGAUAACAAUGGAUCUGCAUAAAUUCUUUGAGUAUUUCUCAGUAGAAUUGCAUGAAUCAGUGAAUUAAUCAAAAGAAAAAACAUAACAAAAGCUGCAAUCAUGCAUGGAAGCUGAGCUGACAGACAUUAUUCUUAAAUAAUCAUAUUUUUCAUCCAACUCUUCAUCAACUUUAUAUAAAAAAAAAACUCGUACAUGCAUCGUAAUUGGAUAGGUUUUAUUUAUUAAUUUGGUUGUUUGCUACAUUAAAAAGCCCUUCACUUGAGUUAGAUUGAACCAUCUCUCUCUCUCUCAUGCAUGGCAGUCACAACCACUGCCCUCGUGUGUGCAUUGUUGAGUUUGCUUUCCAUCUCUCAUAGCGUUCAUGGAAUCAAGAGAUGGCCUGGCGGGGCUUCCACCAGAUUCUACGACUUCAAGGUGCAAACGAAGAGGGUGACGAAGUUGUGCAACAGCAAGGAGAUCGUGACCAUUAAUGAGAUGUACCCCGGUCCAGUGGUUUACGCUCAAGAAGACGAUCGUCUCAUCAUCCGAGUCUCCAAUUUGACGCCUCACAAUGCCACAAUUCACUGGCAUGGGGUCCGACAACGGUUGUCGUGCUGGUCCGACGGCCCAUCUUACGUGACACAAUGUCCGAUCCAACCGGGGCAGACUUUCAGUUACGAGUUCACCCUGGUUCAACAAAAGGGCACCUUUUUCUGGCAUGCUCAUGUCUCGUGGCUCCGGGCUACGGUUUAUGGUGCCUUGAUCGUUUACCCCAGACCCGGUGUACCCUACCCUUUCCCUUACCCCUACCAGGAGCAUAUUGUUAUUCUAGGGGAAUAUUGGUUGAGAGAUCCUCUAAAGAUCGAGCAGGCAGUUUUAGCUAGCGGCGGAGGCGCUCCCAUCGCUGAUGCUUACACGAUCAACGGCCACCCCGGCCCCAACUAUAACUGCUCCGUCAACGAUGUGUACAGGAUGAACGUGGUACCCGGGAAGACCUACCUGCUGAGGUUGAUCAACGCGGGAUUGAACACAGAAAACUUCUUUGCAAUUGCUAAUCACAAGCUCACCAUAGUCGAAGCAGAUGCAGAGUACACAAAGGCGCUCCACACCGACAAGGUGAUGCUCGCGCCGGGCCAGACCCUCAACGUCCUCGUCACAGCAGAUCAGCCCAUAAGUAGAUACUCCAUGGCUGUCGGGCCAUACAUGUCUGCAAGAAACGUACCGUUUCAGAACAUAACCUCAGUAGGAUAUUUUCAGUACCUAGGUGCAACACCAAACAGCAUAUCUUUACCAGCCAUGCUACCUAGUUUCAACGACAAUCUUGCCGUUAAAACUGUAAUGGACGGGCUCCGGGGCCUCAACACCUCGGAUGUUCCUAAAGUAAUUGACAAGAACUUGUUUGUCACCAUAGGUGUGAAUGUGAAUAAGUGUAAUAGAAAAAACCCCAAGAAAAACUGCCAAGGCACUAAUGGUGGGGUGUUUGCUGCUUCCAUGAACAAUAUAAGUUUCAUUAGACCUAAUGUUUCACUUUUAGAAGCUUAUUACAGGGAUAAAGCUGGCUACUUCACUGAUGAUUUCCCCGGGGCACCCUUAAAAUUUUACGAUUUUGUUAACGGGGCGCCUAACAAUGCUCCUAAUGACACCAACGCGAUGAAUGGGACGAGGUUGUUUGUGCUUGAGUAUGGGACAAGGGUUCAACUCAUUUUGCAGGAUACUGGCACUGUCUCGACUGAGAAUCAUCCAAUUCAUCUUCAUGGCUACAGUUUCUACGUCGUGGGGUAUGGCACGGGUAACUACAAUCCGGAUACGGCUAAUUUCAACUUGAUGGAUCCGCCUUACAUGAACACCAUUGGAGUUCCUGUUGGUGGAUGGGCAGCAAUUAGAUUUACAGCUGAUAAUCCAGGGGUCUGGUUUAUGCAUUGCCAUCUGGAGAUACAUUUAUCAUGGGGUUUGUCUGUGGCAAUUAUUGUCAAGAAUGGGCAAGGACCACUCGAGACCCUCCCCCACCCUCCAGCUGAUUACCCUCGGUGCUAGAAGAUGAAAAACAAGAAUCACGAGGAGGGCUUUUGAUCUUUUCCAUGAUUGGAUUCUUUCGGACAAGUGUGUAUUAUGUCUAUGUAUGGCUUGGUUGUCUCAAUAAAAAUCUCUCUGUUUCUAGAUUCA